AUGUCGGAGGAGCGGAUCUCCGUAGCUAAAAAGAGUUUUCUAAUUUGUGUUAUAAUAUUUGGUUUUUUUUUCUAUUUUUAUGUACCUUUGAAAGGAGAAACCUUUUCAAUCACUUCUCAUUUCUUGGACGGUGAUCUGAAGUUUAGCUGGCCUCAGGUGUCUUCGUAUCAGGACGUCAGCGUUACUUGUGAUGGGGUCCGCCAAGCCUUCACCAGAGUAUACGACAAUCAAUACAGAGUGUCCAAUGUCCUUAAAUACAACGUGGUCAGUAUCUUAGUGCGUGCAACCAUCAGUUAUAAUUAUCAAGAAAGAAUAGCAGCUUAUCGACCUAAUAUCAAGGUGAUAUCAGAAAAUGAGACAGUGAAACUAACGCUUCCGGUCCCCAGCGUUCCACCAAAUGUGGACUACAAAGUAUUUAAGCUAAACAUCAACUCAGAAGUCACAAUUAUACCAAAUGUCAGUACCCCUACCAGCUUGAAGUACCCAUCGAUUUCUAUUCCUGGAAAGAUCACGUUCGAAAUAACCAAUGUGACGUCAGACGAUGCCGGAUACUAUAGCGUGGGAUAUAACGUACUGAAUUCUAGAACACAGUUAGGGGUCAUUCUCGUUGUUAGAGCCAAACCAAGCAUACCGACCAUCGCCGGAAAGACGAAAGUUCCUAUCGGAGAGAUUACAACGCUAAAGUGCUCUAGUUCUUCACACUCCAUGCCGCAGUACUACACGAAAUUUCCAGCCAUUCUCUACACAUGGUUAAUCAAUGAUUCAAAAGUCGUUGGGGGAAACAGCACAGAAUUUGAAAUUCGUGUUGAGAAGAAAAGCGCUUUUGACAAAAUAACCUGUAAAGCAACGGAACUUUUGGAAUCCACGAGCGAUGACUUUCACCUUGAGCCUUUAUAUGGUCCAGAAUUUAUAGACAUCAAUCCGAAAUUGAACCACAUGAUCAGCGUGGACGACAAUACUAGUUUCGGUCCAGUGAACUGCUCAGCCGAGUGUAACCCUCCAUGUAUUUAUCACUGGGAGGCCAUCGACCCAAAGGGCCGGAUUAAAUACGUCAUUGCCACAGGGAGGACAUUACAUACCCAAACUGUCCGUAGAGGAGACAUAGAGAUCUACCGCUGUGUGACGAAAGGGUUGUACCGCAAUACAGAGGGGAAGAAGACUGUGUCCAGAGACAUCAAACUGAACAUACAAUAUCUCACUCAACCGACAUUACUCUCCACCCUGAAUGGAAGGGUUGUGACGGGCGAGACCAUACUGGCUAAAGAGGGAGACGUUGUCACCAUGAACUGUUCGGCACGAGGGAAUUCCGAGCCCGAGGUUUUUAUACGUACUGGAGAAAACAAGAGGAUCGGUUUACUAGGCCCCAGUUCCCUCUCUUGGUACUACCAUGCCUUUGCCAGUGGGUUGACGUGUACUGACACGAAUUCCUAUACCUGUGUUGGUAUAAACGAGGAAUUUCAAAACACAUAUACAACGAUCAAAAUGGAGGUGUCGUGUUCCCCUCGAUUGGACGUCAAGGUUCAAUUCAACAAACUAUAUUUGUCUGCAGUGAGAGAGCUUGUCCACGUAAACGUACCCAUCAUAUCUUUCCCCGAGCCUGAGGAUGCUUAUUGGGCGGGGCCCAUCAGACAUGACCAGAUUCAAACAAAUGUGGCGUUGAGAAAUAGACGCUACCAGUUCUGGAUCAGCAGUCAGAUUCCCAUCCCUGCCGCUGAGUAUUAUGGGAAUUACACACUUGUCGUUGAGGGGCUGGAUAUUGUGACAGUCUGUAUUCAGGCGGGAGAUAUAGUACUGUCUAGUGGAUACGUGUCACGCUGGUCACAGACAAACAAUGAUCUGGUUCACAUCGGGUUAGGAGGAGCUGUUCUGCUGUCGUGUUUUAUGUUUUGGAUCUGUUGCAAGCGCCCAAAAAUGAAACACCGCCAACAUAGAUAUGGGAGAUCACGUACAGGUGGCGCUGUGAUAAAUGACAGUAUGAGUGAAGCGGAGACGUAUUUGUUUCAUGGACAAGAGUACAUCCGAACUACACCGAGAUCAAGCACUUGUACUAAGGAAGGUGUAUACGAGGAAAUGCAUACGUACAUAGAGGUGGAAGAUGGACCGAGAGAGAUAGAAGACGGACCGGGAGAGAUGGAAGGCGGACCAAGAGAUGUGGAAGAUGGACCGAGAGAGAUAGAAGACGGACAGGUGGAUUUGGAAGACAGACCAAAAGAGAUGGAAGACGGACCAAGAAAAUUGGAAGAUGGACCGAGAGAGACCCUACAUAAUUAAAGACUUCUUCAAAAAAUUGAAUGCCACUUUAUAAGAAUGUCCCUAAAGAAUGUUUUUAAUUUUCAUUUUUUUUCCAUCUGUUUUGAAGAAUUAAAAAAUAAAACUUGCA